GCCUGUGUGUUAACGAGCGCCAGAGUUUCUGUGAAGCCGCCGCCGCCGCCUCACCCUGGACUUGACUGGGCAAGCAGCCGCAAGACACCGCCGCAUAGGAACAGCAGGAGGGGCAGCUUCGAAGAAGAACACGCCGCAGCAGCGAGGAGAGCAAGCUUAGGUGGGGGGAGGAGAGACAAGCAGAGACAGACGAGCGCUCAAUCACAACAAAAAAAAGGAAAGAAAGACAGCGGCAGGGCUUUACGGACGGGAAUCAAGUUGGUCUGGUUCCUGUGAUAGCAGUGCUGUGGUAGACGCAGAGAGGAGUGAUGGCGGACGCGGAUUUGGAUUUCCAGACGGGCGAUGCUGGCGCCUCGUCCACCUUCCCCAUGCAGUGCUCCGCCCUGCGCAAGAACGGCUUUGUGGUGCUCAAGGGCCGGCCCUGCAAGAUCGUGGAGAUGAGCACCUCCAAGACAGGCAAGCACGGCCAUGCCAAGGUCCACAUGGUCGGGAUCGACAUCUUCAGUGGAAAGAAGCACGAAGACAUCUGCCCUUCAACUCACAACAUGGACGUGCCGAACAUCAAGAGGAACGACUACCAGCUGAUCGGGAUCCAGGACGGAUACCUCUCUCUGCUCCAGGACAGCGGGGAGGUGCGGGAGGACCUGAGGCUGCCCGAGGGAGAGCUGGGCAAGGAGAUGGAGAGCAAGUACGAGGCAGGGGAGGAGAUCCUGAUCACUGUUCUGUCCGCUAUGAACGAGGAGUGCGCCGUCGCUAUCAAAGCCAUGACUAAAUAAACAGCACAGGAGCUGGACGGAGAAGCGCUGGAUCUCAAUGCGAACAGAAGACAACAGCAAGGCUACGGUUAUCAUUUUCUCGCGAGUUGUCUUUACGUUCGAACCCUGUGGGAUGAAAUAAUAAAAAUAAAGAAAUAAAAAAAAAAUUGGCACCUCUCCCAAAGCCACAACCCAUUGUAUCAAGAAGCUUAUGAAACCGAGUCCCUGUGUCGGCCAUUUUGGAUCUUCCUGCUGUGUAGUUAACACACAACGCCGUCUCUGUGUUAGAGCCACAAUGGCUCCAGUUUCCUAACCUCCUGUACUCUACCAACCUCAAAGAAAACAGAAAAGUCGAUUUUGCCUGCUUUAAAAUCCUUUUUUUAACCAGCGAUGCCAGGUGUUGCAAUGAAGCAGAACACACACACAUAUACACACAGCUCUGGCCAAAAGUUUUGCAUCACCUAGAAUUAUAGGACUGAGACAUAAUAAAAUAAUAAUAAUAAUAAUA